CAUGCCAUUUCGCAAUAUGAAAAUAAAAAUCGAUCAUCAGCAAAGAAAAUGGCGCAGCUAGACAGAAGAACGAAGGGACAAAUCUUCGUUGUUCAACAAUUUUUACUAUUUCUUGCCAUAUUAAGUUCAUUAUUACAGAGUACAUUAUGCCUAUAUCAAGAAGGUCGAAUAGAAACAACCGAUAAUUGGAUAUUUCUAGCAAGAUUUUGUUUUCUGUCAGACAUCGGAAGGUUACGAUUUGAAGUUCAAUAUCCUCAGUCUUUUCAAACCCAGAACCUAAUUCUGUAUUACGAUGAGCCGGGUCAGUGGCCGUCAGUCUACCCAUUAGAUACAGCACCUCUGCAGUCAUGCUUAGAGAAAGAGUCCGUCUUGAAACCCGAGAACCACCAAGUGGUGAACCUGACCACGUCCUACGUCUGGUCGGGGUGCGUUCAGCUGGAAACGGACGUGGACAGCGACUGGAGGAGGCUGUUCGGCGACUCUCACUACUUUGACUGCAAGGGUGGGCGGAGCUUUCGCUCUGUGCGGGACAGAUGGUGGUACAUCGUUCUCUCCAACUGCAAUGCCGGCCACGGGUUGCUGAUGAACUACAAACUGACGAUGACCAAUGGUGAAGAUUGGUGGUACAAGCACUUCUCUGCUGAUCAGUUUGGUAUCCUAGCAACAGACAUUGCAUUCCUAUUCAUGUUUAUGGCCCUCUUUGGAUGCUCUAUAUAUGUCGCAAUGUUACUUGCUUCAAGGUCCCUCUUCCACACCACCUAUAAGAUGUACAUGUGGGUUCUCUUCUUAUACAUUCUUAGCCUUGUAUUCUACAUCAUCUUCUAUGCUGACUAUGCAAAUGACGGGACGGAGGUCCGAGGGCUAAAGUUCACCGCCAGGGCGUUCCAGUCGGGUGCCGACGCCCUCUUUCUACUUCAGCUGAUCCUCAUGGCAAAGGGAUAUACCAUUACCAGAGGACGCCUCAGCCACUCUGGCACUGUAAAAAUCACCAUUCUAAUGGCUAUAUACUGUAUGCUGUAUGCAGCCUUAUUCAUCUAUGAAGUAUAUGCCUUUGAUGCGGGAGAGGUGCUAUACCUGUACGAGAGCCCUGCAGGGUACGUCCUAGUGGCGUUGAGGGCGCUCACCUGGCUGUGGUUCAUCUACGCCAUCUUCUUCACAUUGAAGCACUAUCCUGAAAAGAAUUCUUUCUACAUACCCUUCUUCUUCUGCUAUACAAUGUGGUUUCUUGCAAUGCCUGUCAUGAACAUUAUAGCAUCAUUAGCCAUGCCUAAAUGGUGGAGAGAGAAGGCUAUGAAUGCCAUUGAACUCAUCAUCGCCUUUGUGGCACAGCUAGGCUUUUUGAUUCUGACCAGACCGUCGGCAGCCAAUCACAACUUUCCCUACCACGUCCGCACUUCGCAAGUUGGUGUUAUCGACACCCCAGACGGCCAGGUUCAGAAUAACCCCGAUGCCUACGAGCACCAUGGCUAUGCUGCCAACGUAUUCAACAACGAUCAUCAACCAAACUUUACAGAACUGUUCACGGUUGGGCAGUCCAAUAAGUAUGCGCAGAACCAGCCGAACGGUAAUGCAAACGGAAUGGUUAAUGGCGCUUCAAACGGAGUUAACCAUAAUCCACAACGUGAUGUAUCCAGUAUGUUCAUGGCCAAGUAGAUGAGGAGCCAGCCAUGUGAAACGAUGCCUUCACAC